CGCUGAUGUGAUGUGGUGUGAUGUGGUGUGCUGUGCUACGCAUAUCGAUUCAUAUGCGGAUAUAAACGUGUCAGUCAGUCAGACAUACAUACAUACAGACGGGUGUACAUGAAAGACUUAACUUAGCCAUCACACCGCAUCACACCGCCAGCACACAAUCCACCCAUUCACAAUCCAUCCACACAUCCGUCCCAUCCGCACGCAAAACAGAGAGCAAAACACGACACCACAUCACGUGUACCUGAUAAUACAACCAACCACAAGCAGCACUCACACACUCACACACACACACAGCGAGAGAGGGAGGGAGAGGGGGCUAUGUACAAUCACGGCACGUGUAGAUGAGGAGGCAGCUCAGCUCGCACACAGCAAGGCAAGGCAAGGGCAGUUCAGCACAGCGCACACACGACACGACACGCAAUUACCCCUCCGCCCCUCCGUCCGUAUGGAUGUAAGGAAUAGGUCAUAAAGAAGUAGGCAGGCGCAUGGCAUGCAUGGGAUGGAUGCAUCGCGUGGUGGGUGGGCGGGUGGGUUGGUGAGUGCGUUGGUAUGUCUGUCUGUCUGUCUGUCUGUAUGGGUGGAGAUCGACUCAGUGUUCCUAAGGAUAAACUCUUACACACAUACACACACACAUUCAACUCAGUACGGACACAUUGACCUGACGACAGACGCACUGCACUGCACUGAUGCAUUCAACCAUCCACCGCACCCACCACCAUACGGCCCCCCACAAACAGACAGAGGCAGACCACACAAGGCGCGACACACAUGCCUACACGUGCGUCGUUGCGCCGCUCCUUCCUUUCCUCUCCUGCUCUGCCAUUUGAUCUAACGAUUCACCAAUCAAGAUUUCAAGAUACAAACCCAGCCAUGAUACAAGACACGCAAUACACGCACACACACACACACAGAGACACAGAGAUAGACACAGACACACAAGAUACAUACAGAUGGAUGCAGGUGAGGAAAUCGUUAUCAAAUGGCCGACAGACAGACACAGGGCAUAAACGAUGCACCAAGGGAAGGAGGAUGCACCGUGCACCAUUUAGUUAUCACACACAAGACACACACACACACACACACAGACAGAGAGAGAGAGAGGGGGGCGAAAACCAAACGUGAGAGCACCGAGAGCAACGGUGUUACAAAAACAGAGAAAGAGGCGGAGAGAGAGAGAGAGGCUUGGCGAGUCAUUGAAUGGGUGGGUGACCACAGGGUGGGUGGGUGGAUGGCUGUAUGUACGUAUGGCCAUGCAUGGCUGCCAAACACUUGCCUGGCCAGCAGGCAAGGCAAGUGGCAUGCCAGGCACGCCUCAUCUCAUGUAUGUGCGUGCGUCUGUCGGUCGUGUGUAGUGUGUAUCUCAUCUCGUAUUUCCCAUCCCAUUCCAUCAUCAAGUACUGUACCUGUAGUGCAGUGUAGUGUAGUGUAGUGUAAGCAUCGGUUCUGUCUGCAAUCAUUGCAGGUGAGGUGCUCCUAUCGGUUAAAUAAGCGCGUAAGCACACUCGGGCGACAGCGGGACACACUCGGGUGGGCUCAGCUGGACGGCACGAAGGAAAACCAGCAGCCCGUCCCGCCCGCUCAGUCGUCCAUUGCACAAACACACGACGAUCCCAGAGAGAAAGACAGAGAGAGAGAGAGAGAGGGAGAGGGAUGGCGUGGCGGAGAGAGAGGAAGGGGUGGUGGCGCGUGGGAAUGAGUGAGUGCGAUGGUGAGGGAGGAAAAAUAGUUGUUAGCACCAGCUAGCGUGUGUGUGACCCUCCCUCCCCCAUAGCCCCAUGCACUAAAGCACUUAGCCAGCCAGUCCACUUAUUUCAGCCGGCCAGCCAGCCACGGACACACGACGAGCCGGCCGGCCGGCCGAUCGAGCGGGCGACUGGCGGACUGACUACACUGCCGCCCCGCCCCCCUUGCUACAAAAACCACUUGAUGGCUCCAUGUCAUGUGUGUACCCCCACACCCAUCAAUCCACCUCUUCCCCCCAACCCCCCCACCCCCUUAGUCAGUCAGUCAGUAGAUUUCGUGUGUUUCGCACUCCACCACCUCGGUCAGCAGCUGUGACACCUCCUGCAUCCUGUGGGCGUGCGCCGAGUCGUCCGACAGAGCCAGCGACACCCCGUCAGUGUCACCCUCAGACACGUCGUCGCCCACAUCGCUGCCCGCCUCGUCCCCAUAGGCAGCCACCAGAGGCAGGUCGGCCGCACCCACUGGCGGGGGGAGGGUGAAGGGCACGGCGGGGGUGCAGGGGGUCCGUGCGGAGCCGUCACAUGGGGUGGGGCAGCGGGCCUCGUGCUUGGCGCAGGAAAACUCCAGCUGCUGCUCGUUGAGCAUGUGAGCUGGCUCUAUCUGCUGCUCCUGCUGCUGCUGCUGCUCCUGCUGCUGGUCGUCAUGGCCAUGGUCAUUGUCACUACGAUCGCCAUGAUCUUCUUCUUGUCCUCCUCCUUCUUGUGGGUGGGGGGGCUGGAGGGGGCAGUCGAAGUCGCCGUCUGGGGGGAUGGUGGUUGUGGCUGCGUCGACAGGGCUGCUGUGGGUGCUGGUGGACGAUCCUUCGCAGGUGUCGGUGGGCGUGUGCGGGUGGGCGGCGGUGGGUGGGGUGGUGGGCUCGCCUGAGGCGUCUGCACGGGCGUCUGCAGACAGAGAGAGAGUGCACAAGUCAAAUCAAAUCAAAUCAGAUGACGGCCGGGUCAUCCUCCCUCGCCACUCACCAUUUGUUUCGGUGACGGUGUCGGCUGCCGUGACUGCUUCUGGUGGUGGUGGUAGGGUGGUGGGGGGAAUGGGGGCGGUGGCGGGGAGCUCCUCCUCCGGAGCAGCUGCCGCACAGACAUAGACACACCGACACAUGUCGCUGCGGCCCCUGCUGGCGGUCCACUGAGGCGAGAGGUGCGGCGCCCGUCCGCCACAGACGUCUUCAUCCUCCUCCAUGCCCUCGGCCAUGGCCUCGUCGAUGUCCUCGUCGUAGGCGUCGGUGUCCAUGUCGUCAAAAUCGUCUUCAUCUUCCGACUCGUCCAGCUCCUCCUGCCCCUCGUCGAUGCGCUCCCUGACCCCCGGCAGCGGCACAUCCACCCGCCGCACCUCCCGGCUCUCAUCCCCCGUCCGCUCCUUCUUCUCACGCUCCCGCGGCACCGGCACCCAGCCGAUCACCUCGGCCUGGUCACGAGACCGCAGGACGGGCAGCGCUUCCAAGGGGUCCUCGUCAGCGGCCAUCGACACGCCGUCGUCGUCGAACCUCAGCAGCCGCCGGGUGGGGAUGGGCAACACUGGGACAGGCUGGUGCUGCCGCGAGAAGGACCUCGAUGAUGACCGGGGGGAUCUCCGCUUCUUCUGCGUCGGGCUGAAGCCCAAAAUGCUGAGGGGAGAGGGCACGGGGGCGGCCUCUGGGAUGACCGAGUUGAUGACGGCCGUGGUCAAUGGGGAGGCCAGCGGGGUGUCGGUGCUGGCCGUCCGGGUGCGCUUGGCCUGUGGGUGGGGAUGAGGGUGUGGGUGUGGGUGUGGGUGCUGAGUGUGGCGGUAGGUGUAGGGGGUGGAUGGGGCGUAGGACAUGGAAGGGGAGGUGCCCGGCGUGAAGCUGGCCGGCACGGAGGACGGGAAGGUGUCGAUGCUGACGUCACUCGCCGCAUAGGUGGGGUGCGACGCUGUGAACGUUGCAACAGAUACCACACCACCACAAGCACACACACACAGAACAGACCACCGUUUGUGCGGCCACUUCGACGGGCUGCUGUGUGUUUCCCUCUCACUCACCUUCCGACACAGUGGACGCCCUUGUGGUUCGUGUGAUGGAGGGGUGUGGCCGGGCGACGGCGAGGGGCAGCUCGGUGUGCGCCCUCUUGCCCCUCAGCCAGCCCCACACGCCGCCGUGACUCGCCAUCUCCUGCAAGCGCCGGACAGUACACCUGCACCUCCUCUACAGGCAACUCACAACUCGCUCGUCGAGCACAGGCGACAAGCCAGCGGGAUCUCGUCUCGCGUGGGUCACUGUGAGGUCAGUGCGCGCCGUGCGCCUCCGCAUCGCGGCCGCGCCGCAUCUCCAGAGCCCAGGAGAUAAACGGUCGAAGGUCAAACGGCUAAGCUC